AUGAAAAAUCCUCGUAUACAAGAAGAGGCUCUGUUAGAUAACCUCAAAAAUGAUCUGAAAGUCCUCAAGAUCGACAUCGAAGCCCUCUCCACCUUCCUACUCCACUCCCCUGUGAAGUCUAUGCAGCCUCCCAUCUCCUCCGCUUCUUCCGUGGUUACAAUAGUCCAGAAACCUCAGCCAUCCCGUCUUGGUCGCCUAGCCUUUGCUCUUGCUCAAAUGUCGAACAAAAAGUCUGCAAAAGGGGCAACUAUCACCAAUCGCUGGAAUCGGGGCGGGUACAAGACGGAGGCCAUGGAUGAGGUGCACCGUCGCGGGUCGAAUGGCUCCAAUACUUCGGCAGAUUCUGACAUGACUCUCGUCGGGAGCGAGGGGCAGGGCGGUCCUGGCGGAAACGCUGGUGGCUUCCAGGAAGACUCGGCUGGGGAGUUGCUGGCAACCCUGGCGCCUGUCAUUGCCGCCCUGCAACAUCUGGGAAUCAAACUUCGAACCCAUGCUGAAAUGCUCCGUGGAAACGAAGACUACACAAGCGUUAAAGACUCUUUCCUUGCUGCCUGUGAAUCUGUUGUUGCGCUUUUGCUGGAGCUUGAAUCCCCAAACCGUCAUGUGGAAGGGCAGCCUGACUUCUUGGCAGACGUGGGGCAGGACAAUCUGGAGAUGAGGUCACUCAUGUUGGAGGCCCUGAAAAAGAAGGUCAAGACAGAGCAACUUAGACUCUCUACCGCCAGCUUUGCGAGUCCACAGAGAAGCCCUACUCAUGACCCCUUCGCUGUCCACUCAGCUUCGUCGCCUUAUGGCAGGUCAAGGAAAGGCGGUGUCAGUGUCACCAAGUCAGUCCCCAUCAAGAUAUCUGCGGUGGGAGGAGGACAAGCGGGAGAGGUCGCAUAUCGCUCGUUCAUGGCCAAUUCCCAGCAGUCCGCCUCGGCCAUCAAUGUUGUGAGGUUGGGCAGCUUUCAGGCGUCGGCUCUGUUCACACCAAGUCCAGUAGCGGUGAGAAGGCUUGUAGGUGAUAGCGGGAAAGGCUAA